UCUCAUGAACUGCGUCGAAUAGAAUAUCUGUUUUCUAAAGCGGCUGUAAGUAAGUAUGUACAUUUCGGCGUCAUUGUAAAUUUAGUCCACUGACUAGUUCAGCGUUGUGCCGAACGACUCAUCCAGGUCGAACGGGUUCGUAAUUUCGAAUUCAUUUUGAAAUCUGCCUACGCGUUGUUUUCGUUGUGUGUGUAAGUACCAGGAGCGUGGACGGUUCUAGUUUGGCAAAUACCGACGCCAGUCAGCGUAUUCCCAACGUCGUCGCGGCCUGACACCAUGGGCAGACGGCAACGGUCUAGUCAGCCCCGACGCAAAGCGCAGUACACCAGCACCCAUCAGCAACCACAGUGCUGCUACCCGGUGCUGAGUCACUGCUGCGUUGCCGAUACAGAUCCAAGGUAUUGCUGGUGGCAUGGUUGUGUAGCGUUGCCACGUUUCCUGUUUCCCUCCCUUCACACCACGCCCCUGCGCCGACACGCUGUGCGUCCAUCCCCGCUUCUUGCCCCAAAACGAGGAGCAAACACGAACGUAACAAAGAUGGAGCUAGAAUAUAACGGUGGAACUGCUGCAAGAGACAGAGAAAGGGUAGUAAGCUCGAGAGCGAACGGGACGAAGAAAGAAGAGAAAAUGGCGGCCAGAGAAAGACAGAAGAGACGUCGCACAGCGCGUUCAAAUUUCAUUGCAUCAAGCUCACGGUGCUCUCGGGCGUCUGCUUAACGCGGAAUUCAGAGAAAACGUCGGUAAUGGAGUUUCGUGAGAUAAACGGCAGCAGCGACGCCACUAUGGCAGUAGUAUUGGCCCUGCAUGCCAGACAAGGUUACCAACAGGGCAACAGGGCAACAGGGCAACAGGGCAACAGGGCAAAAAGAUGCCUCGUAUGUAUUAUACAAUGCUGCUACACGGGUUCAUUUUCAUGCCCUUUUCAACGAACACUCGUUACGCAACUAUGUUACAGAGUCACGUGAUUGGAGGAACAUUCGAUUUGUCCGUUGUUUUUCCAACUGGGUUUGAAUCGAGGUGGCGAGUCAACAAUUUUCGACUCUCAAAAGGCGCGAAAACAAUCCAUCCAUCAGGGGUGUUUACAACAGAACGUUGGCUAUCCUUCGGUGGAGGCUGACUGGCUAGACUCUCCUCCACCAAGUGUUCGCUUUUGCGCUCUGAUUGCUAAACCCGCGGUUCUUAAAUCACCACUGAUCCCGAUAUAAGCUCCGACCGUUGAAUUAUUUUUCGCGUUCAACGGAGAAACCUGUUUGCUGUGUAUGUACACGUUCCGGCCACGAGGCUCAGUUACGUGCUUUGUUUCUUCUGUUGAUGUUUAAAUAUUUCUGCGACUGCAAAUUUAAUUAACUUCUUUGGAUACUUACGCGGGACAGUCGAGACGCAUUCGAUCGCGUUUAUCUGAUAAUACGAUAGCCGACAGUAGUAACAGAUAACGUUCUGUAAGUCUCAAGAAAAUUGGCAUCAGACUAAAAUAUUCUUGGAGAUUGUAAUUAACCUUAAGCAUCUCAAGGUGUUGGGAAGUUUAAGGGAAGUUAAGGUCAGCCUAAGAGAAUGAAAGUGAUUAAAAUGGGGAGGGAAGUGAGCAGCCAUCUUAUUCCUUUCUAUAUUCGUACAGCCGUCGAGGGGCCGUAUAGUCGUAUGAUAGGCGAUUGUUAGGUCUUUUUAGACUUAUCUUAACCCUUACGCACUCAAGCUGAGAGGUGAAUUUUAAUAGAAAUCAAGAUAAAAUAAUUCCUGGCUCUACAAAGUUCCAUCAAUAACGUCGAAUUCUCAACGUGCAGGUCAAAGGGCACGUGUUGACCAGUUCAACUCUAACCAAACGUUACGCCAGGAGUGUGAGUGGAAAAGAGAAAAGUGACAUGGAAAUGGAAAAAAAGACAAACGAAAAUGGGGAAACGAGUGGAAAGCAAGGAUGCCGGGAUAGACGAGAGAGAAGGAGAGAAAAUACGUGAGGGAAUCGUGAAACGGGAACGCCGUGCGCAUCGCAAUGCAAAUGCAACUGACCCGAUAAAGCUGCAUUGGGUCAUAGAAAGGGAAAAUACAACCUACAAACGUGGGGCUCCCGCCAAAAUAGGAUUUUUAUAGCCUUUCAUAGUGGCGUUCACAACCGACCAAUGUUCCCCUUCGACUUUUAUCAAACACCCCCGCAUUUAUAGUCUGUCUAACAAGAGUCUGUAUACCCACGAUGAUAUCUUUGUGACAAAUGUUACAAUAUAUGAAAAUACUACUCUGUCGUAUAUUUUCUCUUAGGAACUCAUCAUCGUCGAAUUCUUUAUUUGCUUUAUGCAAAAUUGUGUUCAACUGUAGUAAACGCUGUCUGAUACUUAAACCUUAUCUACUGCGAGCGGCAUGCCAUUCUUCUUCCACUUCUUCUUCUUCUUCUUCAGAAGAAGAGAAUGAUGGCAGAAAAUGAUCAAUU